AUGAAGAAGACGAAGGGAACAAGUGUGAGGAAGGAUGAGUCAACAGAAGAGAGCAACUCCAACGCACCGCCGACCAGACCUACCAGCUUCGAAUUCGUAUCCUUCGGCGAUGCAAGCCAACCUCGCGACCCAGGAGCACGGAGCAAGAUCCGCCGCCAUGCAAUGAAAGAUAUCGGCUACCGGAGACGCAAACCCAAGAAGCAACGAUACUUGAACAUCUCCCUGGACAUACCUGCCGACGUCGAGACGCUUCAGAGCCUCCGAGCCACAUCACCCCAGGCAGCAAUAGGCGGAGGCGGCGUGCAUACAUUCUUCAAAUUCCCGGUGGACCUCGACGACAUCGGCAAAGCCUUGGUGGCCAACAUGUGGCGCGACAUUGGCGAUUGCCUUCAGACCGCGCAUCGAAGAGACUGGUGGCCGGUUGGCAUCGCAGAUGAGGCGACAUUUUAUCAGAUCCUGGCCAAUUCGGAGCUACAUCUUGAGGGUACUAGGAAUCCUCAUAGACUCAGCAAGGAGACGCCACUCUCGAUUCACUACCACCAGAUCGCUAUAUCGUCUGUUCGAAAACGCCUUGCCGCUAACCCGGAUGAUGUGAGUGACGGUCUUAUUGGAUGUAUCAGCGGUUUUCUUGUGUAUCCUGAGAUCGCUGGUGUGUUUGAUCGAUGGUUGCCACAGAGGAAGGGAAUACUGGAAGCUAUUGGGACGAGGGAGGGUGGACUGGACUCGCUUGAGAAGCACUUGCGAAGGUCAAUAUCGUGGGUCGAACUCAGAGGCUCGUUUACGCAGGACAUACCAUCCAUCAUCCCGCUACCACAGUACUGGAUCGACGUGCAUCGGAUCGAAAGCGCAGACAACGCCAGCAUGCCGGCAUGCUUCUCCAUCGAUCUCCAGCACGCUUGGCAACAACAUUUCCCCAACGACACCGCCUUCCUCCACAUCUUCACAUCCCUCGCGGAGCUCAACACUCGCGCCAGCCUGAACAAACAAGGUUUGCGAAAAGAAGACUUCUUCUACGACGGCAUCGUCGUCUCGGCGAACGUUCUAACCCAUGAGCUCUUCUGCCUCAGACCAGCAGAGGACGCUAGCUUGGGCAUCAACAGCCGCCGGAUCUUGGAAGCAUGUCGUCUCGCACUCCUGGUGUUCAUUGCUGCGGUCUACAAGCAGUACGGCGCACAUCCGCUGAAAGCGGUUGUGCAUCUGGGGAAGUUGCGGGAGUUGCUUUCGCAGAGUGAUGUGGAAUGGGAUGGGCUGGAAUAUGUUCAAAUGUGGGUAAUUGCGAUGGGAGCAAUGGAGGCUUACGAUGAGGGGAUGAGGGAGUGGUUUGUUGGAGAGCUGGUGAGGGUCAUAAAGGAGCGGGAAUUGGACGUGGAUGAGGUGAUGAGAGGGGUGACGAGUGUCUUGUGGGUAGCGGAGCUGUUUGAACAGAAGGGAGGGAUGCUGAGGGGCUGGAUUGAGCAGCGACAGUAUAUACCUUUCCAGGCAUUGUAG